CGCAGGGAGCGAGUCAGCGCAGCACAGCGCUCCAAACCUUUGCCUUCAGCACCGGCAGAUCCUGCACAGAGCGUCUCCAGCGCGGACCAACACCGACAAAACAAGCCCAACAGGACACUAUGCGGGUGAUGGCUCCGUUACAAACAUCUGUGUGAUUUUUGAACAAGACGCGAAAGCACUGAUGUGAAGUUUCACGCCGCUCUCAUUUGAGUUGAGAUAAAGAUCUGAGACACAGUGAGAGAAGGAACUUUGCAUCUCCGCGCACCCGGACGCCCUGCGGGGACAUCGAGCGCUUUUGUGAUCAGAGGACCGAACUUCCUUUUUUGUUUUUGAGGGUUUCUGACUCUCUCUGACAGAGCAGAUAUAGGAGGGAUCCUUUGGUGCGGAUUGCUCAAGCCUCUCCGGUUCGUGGAUGGAAUAACUCAUAAUGGAAGGGCAAUGAGACCCGUCUCUGCUGCUGCUGGUCAAUAAUCCGGACCACCGCACCAACAGAAUGCAGGAGCGGGCGGUACAGAGGGUGUGCGUAUGGCUCUUGCUGGUGGUUUUGACCCUACUGUCUCUCUGGGGUCAUCUGUCUGAUGCCUCCUCUCACCGCAGUCACAUCGUGCAUGUGAAGGCUGGCACAUGUGAGGUGAUUGCAGCCCACCGCUGCUGUAACAGAAAUAAGAUUGAGGAGCGAUCACAGACGGUUAAGUGUUCCUGCUUCCCAGGACAAGUCGCUGGAACAACAAGAGCUGCACCCUCCUGUGUGGAUGCGUCUAUAGUAGCUCAGAAGUGGUGGUGUCAGAUGCAGCCGUGUUUGGAUAGUGAGGAGUGUAAAGUCCUACCUGACCUCACAGGCUGGAGCUGCAGCACAGGAAACAAGGUUAAGACCACCAAGGUGACCCGAUAGUUCUACGCUCCAAGGAACCACCAGACCCAACGUACUGGGGACAAAAGUGCUGAAAGUGAAGACUAACUAGAGACCCCAUUGAGCUUCAUCUAACAGGAUUGAUCAGUAUUAGUCAUACGAAAAUUACUUGCAAUCAAAACAUCUGAGGAACAGACUGAGCUCCAGAAAUAUAUCCACCAUAAACAUUAGGACCAUCCUGAAGUUAAUGUUUCCUCCUCACUGGACCCCCUGGCCUUCCGGACGCUCAAUCUUCUGGGUGUGGUUCCACAACCUCUGGAAUGUGUUGGCUGGGGGGGGGGGGGUCUCGAUGUACGUAUGCAGUUGUUGUUGUUUUUUUUUGUUUGUUUGUUUUUUUUACAGAAGAUGUUUGGAUCAUCUACACCAGUGCAGUCCAGUGGAGUUUAAGCUUAUCAGCAACAUGCUCUCCUUCCAUAUCCAUCCCUGCGCUAUCCGAUCAGAAGAUCCAAUCAUUUCUUGUGGAAUCCUUUAAACAGCAUUUAAACAUGUAAAAUCAAUCUGGACCUUUAACGGACUCAUCUUCUGUAUAUUGUUUGUUUCUAAAUUAAAGCUUUUCAAGCCCACAGUCUGAAAUAACAGAUUAGAUGUACCAGUAUAUGCUAGAAAAUGUAAAAGUGUAAAAGAUCAAAGUGUUAUUCUCAAAACAAGCAGAAUAAAGUUUAAAGGUUAUCACUUUUAUUAUCAAUGUUUUUAUCCAGCCUGGUACUGCUAUCGAGUACAUGUGUCAGUAUUAUAUACAAUAAUUAAAAAU